UGGAGGCGAGUGCCGGUGGCGAGAACGGUUGUAACAAGAGGCUGCGAUGGAAAAGGCACUGCUGACGCCGGACGAUAUUGAGCAUGUCCACCGUGCCUUUGCAGAAGCCGACCCGAGGCAGACAGGGCUCAUCGAUGUGUGGGCAUUUAAGGAUCUUGUGGAGACCAUGCCGUGGGAGCUCUCCGACUAUGACAUGUACGAGCUGCUGGCGUCGGUGGAGAAGGAUGGUCGUGGGCGAAUUGCCUUCCCUGCGGUGCUCAAGGCUGUUGACGACCAUGUGCGCGCCCGGGUUGAAGAGAGCGCAGACUUUGACGCCGCCUGGGCCGCGCUCGGCGGCUCGUUUGUCGACGUCGAGGGCACCCGCCACGCGCCGGCCUCUCUGGAUUCGCCGGCCGCAUUCGAGGCCUUUCUGCCUGCAGACGAUCAGGCGGUGACCGAGGCGGCGGCCCAAGUGGGGAUGCCCACGCCGUCGGCGGCGGCCGUGGCCGGCUCUGGCGACAAGAUUUCUGUGGAUGGCCUGCUGCGCGCAUGUAAGCGGUAUGAUCUCGCCCUCAACGUCUCGGACCUCAUCCAGUUCUCCACCGCACCGGAGCUCUCGUUCGACGAGUUCCGCUCAUUUGUCCUCACGGGCUCGCUCACUGGUAACCGGGCGGGGGUGGGGGCCUCAUCAAAGCGGCCGAAGCGGCUGCGCCGCGGCAACUCUUCGGGCUUCUCGCGCCUCUCGUCGCGCAACCUGCUCACCGCAUCGAAUGCCGGCGAUGCCACAGGCGCUGCUCGAGGAGCUGAAGAGGACAGUGAUGCUGACGGCUUGUCCAGUCUGCGGGUGGUGGUUCCGAGCUAGCCAACAGACCUAUGAGCAAAGGUGUGCUCGCGGGCCGAGGCUGCGUUCAUUGUCACAUGGGAUGAUCCGACCGCGAGGUAAGGGAGGGAGAGAGGGAGAGGGAGAGGGAAAGAGAGCGGAGGGAAUCAGCUCUGCUGGGCGAGGUAGGCCUCGUACUCUGCGG